CGUGAUUAUUCACUUCUAACCCUCGUUUCUUUCUAAUUUUCAGUGUUUCUCUGUCGUCAGAAAAAGAGAUGAGUUUGUUGGGAGAAGAUGGGUUAGGUUACGAAUUGGCGAAAAAACUUGAAGUUUGUGGAGUAUGGAGAUCAUGGUUAGGAGAAUCAAAUUACAAAAUCUUACUAAAUUUUUUAUCUUCGUUAUCGACAUGGGAAUUAUUUAUGAAAACCGAUGAUACUAAAACUAGGGCACAAAUUCAACUUCAACUUAGAGCUAGAGCUUUACUUUUUGAUAAAGCAAGUGUUUCUCUUUUCCUUCGCUCUCAUCCUUCUUCUCCCAUUGCUGUUCCUUCCAAGCUCAAUCCCACUUAUUUGCAAUUACAUGGUGAUGAUGUUUAUUUUUCAUUGGAGGAUUUUUAUAAUAAUUCCCAAGAUGGGUCUGCUUUGAUUACUUCAAUUCAAUCCAAGAUUCAACCUAAACUAUCGUCUGCCGACAAUAGUAUAUCUCAGAGACCGAGGCAUGAUGAACUGCCUGAGACAUGGUAUAAUCAGUUCUUUGAGAAGUAUAGAGCAAGCAGACAGCACAGGUUACCAUUUGGAGAUCGAGAAUCUCACAAGCGAACACCUGAGGGUAUGUCUACAUACAUUAAAUUCCUUGACAGGCAUAAGAGAAUCAGAAAAGCGUUUAAAGAGGACCAGUGUGUAGGUUUCGGUAAUCCCAUGCGAGAGAAUGGCCUAAACUUGCAUCAGCAGUCUGUUUCUGAUGGGAACAUUUCAGUUGAUACUGAGACUUCAUUUUUUCCUGAAAUGAUGUUUCCAUCAAACUGUGUGCCUGAGAGUGCACUCCCUCCAGCAAAGACCCAAGAGGACAAUCAGAAAGUGGAGUGUUAUGGUGUUCUUGAUAGCUUACCCCAUGUUAUGACUCGCAGUCCUGCAAUGCUUGAACGGUUUGGUAUGAGGCCUGAUAACCUCCGGACAGGUCUUGGAAGAAGUAAAUAUAGGGGUAAAAACGGGUUUGAAGGGAAUGGAAAGUCUCUUGGCCAGGAUCAAGCAUUCCAGAUGUCUCAGAAAGUAAUUGCCCACGUCCUUUCUAAUGUGGGUUUUGAAGGGUCAACAGAAGUUCCAAUAGAAGUUCUCUCACAGUUUCUCAGCUGUCAUAUAAGUAAACUAGGUCGUAUUUUAAAGGUCUUAACAGAUAAUUACAGAAAGCAGUGUUCAGCCUUAGAGAUAUUGAAGAUGUUCCUUCAAACCUUGGGUUACAGUAAUCUUGGGGCUUUAGCGGAACAUGUGAAAGAUGGUACUAGGACCUUACAACACCCUGCAAUACAGCAGCGGGGAUCCCAGCAAGGUUUUCUGUCACAACAGCAAAGUGGUUUGCUACAGCAGCAGCAAAUACAAAGGCAGAUGCAUCCUCAGAUGCAGAUAAAUUCCCAGAAUCUAUCUUAUCAGCAGCAGCAGCAGCAGCUGCAACAACAGCAACAGCUACAACAACAGCAGCUUCAACAACAACAACACUGGGAUAGAAUGCGAAAGCGCCAACCUUCCAAUCCUCGUGCUGGUAUGAAUUUGGACAGAGAAAGACCAUUGGUGGAAGUGAAGAUUGAGAGCAUGUCGGAAUCACCCAUGGAUGUUGGUAACUUCCCCACCACCAAUCCUAGAAUUACCCAAACACAGUUCAGACAGCAGAAGAUAGCCGCUGCAAUGGGAAUUCUCCCUGCCCAAUCAGGUCAUCAGUUUAAAUCACUGGUGUCCCUUCAGAGUCCUCAGCUCCUGACACAGAACAUGGUCACGAGGGCGCCGCCUGUUAAGGUCGAGGGCUUUCAGGAUUUGUUUGGUGGGGAUGCAACAAUGAAGCAGGAUUCCGAAGAACAUAAGCUUGCUUCGCCCUCCAAAUAGAUAGCUAUACCAAUGUGACUGUUGCUUUAAACUUUCUUCAUCAUAAAUUGAAUAAGAUGGUUGAAUUGUUUGCUCGAUAUCUUCUGUGCAGUAUCAAAUCAUUUAUCAGUUGAGUUAUAUUUAUCGAAGUAGUAAUGUAUCCGAACGUGGGGGCACUAAACCAACUACAUUUAACUAUA